UGAUAUCAAUGGUAUGAUUGAUGCCGCAAAAUUUGUUGAUUUAGCAUUGCUUCUUAUAGAUGGAAGCUAUGGUUUUGAAAUGGAAACAUUUGAUUUCCUUAAUAUAUUGCAAGUCCAUGGCUUCCCAAAGGUCAUGGGAGUUCUCACUCACCUUGAUAAGUUCAAAGAUGCAAAGAAACUGAGGAAGACAAAGCAGAAUUUAAAACAUUUGUUCUGGACUGAAAUAUAUGAUGGAGCUAAAUUGUUUUAUUUAUCAGGUCUUAUUCAUGAAAAGUAUGUCAAACGUGAGAUUCACAAUCUGGCUCGUUUCAUAAUUGUUAUGAAGUUCCAUCCUUUAUCUUGGAGAACUGCUCAUCCUUAUGUUCUAGUAGAUCGUUUUGAAGAUGUCACUCCCCCUGAAAAAGUGCGCUUAAAUAAUAACUUGGCACUUUGGAAGCCACGGCUAGCGAGAUGGUAUUCACAAAUGAGUGAAAGUGAGUCUGGUUGCGAUGUGUAUUGGUGUUAA